UCUUGAAAUAAAAUUCUGUCAGUAACAAGCAUUUCCACAUCUUUGAUCUAAUGCAGCACAGCACGCAAACACCCACCCACACACAGCUGAUAAAGACCAAGUAAGUAACAACAGUCAGUGUCACAUUUCCUUUGUAAACCACACUGCUCUUUUUAAGUGUUCGCGUGACAGUCAAGACUGUCAGUCAGUCGGGUAGCCUAAGGGUACCCCGCCUGCAGCCACUCUUGCAGGAUGAAGGCCCACUGGUGGAACUGUGUGUUGGGUUUACUCUGCAUGCCUGCUAACGUAAUGCUCAGCACCUGGACAGGUGAGUGUGUGUUUUCUCAAGAUCCCUCGUCCAUCUCUCUAAUGAGAGUCAACUCAUCUGCUAAGAUCACAUGCUCCACAUCCUUGCCUGAGCCCAUGGGCUUGUACCUGCAGAGGGCCUUUCAUGACAAAAGGGACAUUGUGUUCUUGUCCUUGAAGAACGGACUAGUGACCAAGAAUACUACAGCUGCAGAAUUUGUAGGCCGAAUUAACGUAGCUCCAGACCAGCAGAUCCGGGAGGGCUACGGGUUUACCCUGCAGCUGUCUCUGCUGGGGCAGGAGGACACAGGCUUGUAUUACUGUAGCUGGCUAUACUUCAAAUCAGAUAUGGCGAAUUCUGAAAAACUGCCCAGCAAUGGCACCAUUAUUAUUGUCAAAGAGGGAGAUCCACAGGAACAAUGCAGGGAUCACAUUUGGGCUCUCAUCUUGAUUGCCUUUUUUGUCACAGCAUUCACUGUCCUUUUGUUCCUCCUCGUUCGAGUGAUUGUGAGACGCAAACGAUUUAAAAAGAACUUCAGACCGGCCAGAGCUGUAAAACCACCCAGAGUUAACCGGCCUCACCAUAUCUGUCCUCAGCGGGGAGAUCAACAUUGUACCUACUUAGACACAUAUGUAAAUAGUCCUACUUUGGAUUUCAGGGGCAUUCUGUAGUGCUAAGAAUCGAUGUGAUGAUAAUGAUAUGACAUGGCCAUUCUUUAGAACAGUUGUUGUCAAAACGGAUUAAUGAACUAUACGGUUAAUGUAUUGCACAGAGGGUUUGUAACAGAUGGUUAAGAUAUUUUGAGUCAGCAGCUUGCCUAAUGUGCUCAACCCAGGAAAGGUGUCUCACUUCUUGCUCAUUUCCUUUUUUAUACAAAUUUGUGUUUUGUUUGCAGAAAAGCGAUGAGCUACCACAUCCUGGCUGAUGUUGGGUGUACAGGUUCAAUGUGUGUGAAGAGUGUUAGUAAAAAAGUGCAGAGCAAGCAUUAUUGUUCUUCUAUACAGUAUGUCGCAUUACAGGUGGGCUUAAACUGUUGACUUUUGCAGGAUACCUAUUCUACGUGUUUCCUUUGAGUGUCAUAAAUAAUUUGAACUUUUUGAACCAAUUUCUGUCUGAAUUUAUGUACAUUAAAUCUCAAUAUUU